GUGACGGGGACAUCGUCCAGAGGCUGCUCUUUCACACACACACACACACACACCCAUCCUGGGCAGGUGGAGAGUCCAUGUCUCCCUACAGCUGCCUGGGCUCCCCAUGGCCUCUCUUACCUGGGCUGGGCUCCAGCUUCUGAAUCUGGCCUGGCCAGGGGGCAGGGCCUCAGGGAAAAGAGGAGGGACUGGGGGCUAGACCAUGGAGAAAAGUGGACAGGCUGUGUCCCCUUGGGCCCGCCCCCGUGUUCUGGCACCCCUGAAGGGGAUGGGCAAAGGUAGAAGUAGAAAAUUGUGACAGGCAUAUCCGAUAUCCAUCACAAGUUUCCACCCCUGUACUAGGAGAUAGGGAAAGGCAGAGAAUGGGGAAAGGUGAGAGAUAGCAAAUUUUGAUGGGAAUGUCCCCAUCCGUCAGAAUUUACCAGCCCUGGACCAAAGGAUAGAGAAAGGCAGAGGUGGUAAAACUAUGAUAGACUAACCCCGUCCAUCACAGUUUCUUACCCCUGGACCAGAAAAUGGGGAAAGGUGAGAGGUACUAUAUUGCGGUGGGAAUGCCUCCAUCCAGCACAACUUACUGCCCUGGGACUGCAGGAUGGGGAAAGGCAGAAGCAGCAACUUGUAUGGCAGCAAAAGGGAGAAUACACAGAUGUCAAACAGCUACCAGUCAGGGUGAAGGGUAGCAUGUAGUGCCGAAGAGAGAGAAUUGGAGGUUUUUUUCCUACAGCCCAGUGAUGAGUUAAUUUUAUCCUACAAGUAACCAGAGGAAGCUGGCGGCAUAGCACUCGCAAUUCCACGCCCUUAACUAGGGGAACAGCCCUCGAGGCUCAGACCAGGGCUCGCAGACAGAGACAUGUGGAGAAAAGAGACCCAGUGCAAUCGGUCUCGCUAGGACCCAGAAGGCGCCGGGCGGAGCGAUUCCCGGGGUCACUCAGCCUGGCAGCAGGAAGUGAAUAGCAGUCGCUGCAGUGACUCUGUUGCAAGACCCCUGGGCCUCGGCUGCUGCCGCUGGGGACCCCAGAGCCCUGGCUGCAGGCGGGGGAGGAACAGUCCCACUGCUCCCCGACAGACUGUCCCAGUGCAGAGACCCCAGCCUGUCCCACUCCCCCUUACUGGGACCCAGAGCCCUGCUCCCAGGCAGAGCCCCACGUGGAUAGAAGAUGCCGGUGACCUUUGAGGAGGUGGCUGUGUAUUUCACCAAAGGGCAGGGGGCUCUGCUGGACCCCAGUCAGAGAGCCCUUUACAGAGAUGUCAUGCAGGAGAAUUAUGAGAUUGUGACCUCACUGGGACUCCCCAUUUCUAAACCUGACCUGAUUGCCCGGCUGGAAGCAGGGGAAGAGCCGUGGGUCCCAGAUCUCCAGGUCUCUGAGGAAAGGAAGAUCCCAAGAGGCACAUGCACAGCAGAUGAGACAAUGAGUGAGAACAAGGAGGGGAAUCCACAGCAGGAAGGUCCCAAGGAAGUGGAACUGCAGGGAACCUUUUUGAGAAGAGCUGAAGGGAAUUUUUCCAAGUGCUUGGAACAGAGAAAAGCCUGCAGUAAUUUGCGCAGGUCGGAGAGAAACCUGGGAAACCGCCCAAUAAAGAAAGUGGAUGAAUCCAUUGAAUGUGAAAGAGGCGGCAAGGAUCUCAAGGAAACCACAGCCCAGCGGACUAAUCACAAGGAAAAGAAACCCAAUAAAUGCUUGCACUGUGGGAAAAGCUUCAGUCAGCGCUCAGUACUUACUAACCAUAGGAGAAUCCACACAGGAGAGAAACCCUAUAAGUGUCUUGCAUGUGGGAAAAGUUUCAGUCAGCACUCAGGACUUACUAACCAUAGGAGAAUCCACACAGGAGAGAAACCCUAUAAAUGCUUUGACUGUGGUAAAAGCUUCAAUGAGAAAUCAACUCUAAUUAAACAUCAGAGAACACACACAGGAGAGAAACCCUAUAAAUGCCUUGAGUGUGGGACAAGUUUCAGUGUACCAUCAGCCCUUGUUGUACAUCAGAGAACCCAUACGGGAGAGAAACCUUAUAAAUGCUUGUACUGUAGGAGAAAUUUCAGUCGGUGCUCAAGCCUUAUUAGACAUAGGAGAAUCCACACAGGAGAGAAACCCUAUAAAUGCUUUGACUGUGGGAAAAGCUUCAGUCAGAGAUCGGCUCAGAUUAAACAUCAGAGAACCCACACAGGAGAUCAACCCUUUAAAUGCUUGGACUGUGGGAAAAGCUUCAAUGAGAAAUCAGUUCUGAUUAAACAUCAGAGAACCCACACAGGAGAGAAACCCUAUAAAUGCCUGGACUGUGGAAAAAAUUUCAGUGGACCAUCAGCCCUUAUUGCACAUGAGAGGACCCACACAGGAGAGAGACCAUAUAAAUGCUUGGACUGUGGGAAAAGUUUCAGUCGGUGCUCAAGCAUUAUUAGACAUAAGAAAAUCCACACAGGAGAGAAACCCUAUAAAUGCUUUGACUGUGGGAAAAGUUUCAGUCAGGACUCACACCUUAUUAGACAUCAGACAAUUCACACAAGACGGAGACCCCAUAAAUGCUUGGAUGAUGGGAAAAACAUGGGAGAGAGACCCUAUAAAUGUUUGGACUGUGGGAAAAGCUUCAGUUGGCGCUCAAUCCUUAUUAGACAUGGGAGAAUCCACAUGCGGUAGAAACCCUAUAAAUGUUUGGA